GAGGCAAAACAAGUGCAGCGCAGGCAGCGGCGCCCAGCGCGGUGCCGGGGCCGGCCGGGCCAGCAGCAUGCUCCCCGGGAGAGCCACACCGGGGCCAGGCAGCCGGCUCCGUGCCUCGGCAGGGCGGCGAGGGUUCCUGGAACGCGGCGAGUGAAGAGAAGCUGGUAGCCAGCAAAGACGACACAAAAGCUAAAAUCACUAUGUGGAGCUGUGAAGCCUUAAUCAACAGUACCGAGAACAGUGAGGACCAGCAUCUCUGCCAUGACUUCGACCUUGUGCUUUCCAUCUUUUCCCUACUCUACCUCAUCAUAUGUUUCCCAAUUGGCCUUUGUUACAACGGCCUGCUGGUCCUAGUUAACCUCUACAACAAAGCUACCAUGACUAUGCCAGAUGUUUACUUUGUCAACAUGGCCAUUGCCGGUCUCAUCAUCAACACUCUGGCACCAAUGUACCUGCUGGGUCUUGCCAAUACCAAAUGGGCCAUCUGGAAUUCCAACAAUGAAGUUUAUAUUACCUUCCUUAUUUUAUUCAACGUCUCSUCGUUGGUUACCAUGUACUCUACCACGCUGCUCAGCCUGGACUACUACAUCGAACGGGCUCUGCCCAGGACUUACAUGUCCAGCGUGUACAACACCAAACACGUCUGCGGCUUCAUCUGGGGCGGUGCCAUGCUCACCAGCUUCUCAUCUCUCCUGUUCUACGUCUGCAACCACGUGUCCACCAAAAUCAUCGAGUGUUCCAAGAUGCAGAACCAGGAGGCAGCGGAUGCCAUCAUGGUGUUUAUUGGUUACGUGGUGCCCGCCAUCGCCGUUCUGUACGCGCUGACGCUGAUCCUGCGCAUCCGCAAAGAGGCCACGCCGCUGGAUCAGGACACGGGGCGCCUGGAUCCAUCAGUGCACAGGCUUCUGAUAGCCACAGUCUGCACACAGUUCACCCUCUGGACACCCUAUUAYGUUAUUCUCUUGGUAAGCACGUUUACUAACCUACGAGGAAAGAUUGCGGAUCUAAAUUCCAUUCAAAUAUUACACUUCACCACGGUGUUGUCAAAAUUCCUGGCUUUCUCCAGCAGCUUUGUCAUGCCUCUGCUCUACAGAUACAUUAACAAAAACUUUCCCAACAAAUUACGGCGUUUGCUUAAAAAGAUACACUGUGGGAAUCAGGGGUGUUCUCACGAGCGCACAGUGGUACAGCAGGUCAUGACAUAGGUGUGACACAAGCCCUGGGUGUUCAGUGCUGGGACUGUGACGCUGCUCUGUUGGCACUCAAAGACUUUAGAGAGUCCCAAACCAAAGGCUGGAAGGGGCUUCCAUUGCAGUUGAAUGCAAGAGUCUUAAUUUUCCAGUUGUUUGCUGAAGUGGUGUGAGGCUCUGGCCUGUGUGCUGCAAUCCCUGUGACAUCUGAUACCUUCAGUGCACUGAACUGGUGACAAAGCAUUAACUCUGUUUUCAUGGCUCUGAUCUUCCUGUCUGAAGAAAUCACUAAGCAGUUUAUUGAAGUCUUGACUGCAGCACCUUGUAUCUUGUAUAGAAAAAGGUAUUGCCUUGUUUUCUGUACAAAGAAGUGAUAGUGCUAUCCUUGAUGAAGUAAAUAGCGUUUUUUUUCAAUGAAGAUUAUAUAGAUGAUCUUUACUGAAGAUCAUGUUAUCCAAUUAUACGUGUCCAAAUAGUAAAUGUUAAUUAUAAAUUAAAUUAUUUAAUUUUUCUCCAUCACUGAAUCCCCUCUAUAAGAAGCCUAAUUUACUAYUUUCAGAAAUUACUUUCUCACACAAACUAACCUGUUUUAACAUCUAUGAUCAACUGAUUUUUCUUUUAGCUACAACAAUUAACAAAAAUGUGUUUUAUUUUUCCAGUGCUUGUUUUGUAUCCUAAAACAUUUCAGGAAUUCAGAAAUAUUUAUUAACUAAUUCUGAGGGAACUUAGAGUUGUUUGUUCCACAUAUGAAAAUGAAGGACACAGUGGUUUACRAAGUUAAAUCAGAAUUUAACUAGCAAAGAUUGUCUGGCUAAGUGUUAUGGUCCACAUAUGUUCAUGUAACAAGAGUAAUUAUCUUAAAAAAUAAAUAUGUUUAUGAUUAACAUUUUGUAUUUUCAAGGGAUAUGUUUGCAACAAAUAAAUUAAACUCUCUUUAAUCUAGGACAUCACUGGAGGUUUGGAAACCAUAUAAAAUUCCUCAGCAUAAGAACCCCAGCCAGCAUCAGCCCUUUGCUAACCUCUCAAAAAUGCCUUCCACUGGGAUUCCUGGAUACACAGUAAAGUCUAGUUUCACAGUAGGGAUGAAGAAAUCCAGUCCAGAUCACCAAAUUUUACUGAUUUUAUGAAAUUCGUAAAAAACACAGACACACUGCAGGAAGCACAUAAACAGUUACUCACAACAAGCAGCUACAAAGCACUGACCCAGGAAUUACCUGUUCUUGUGCUGCUGUUGCAUUCAUGGCAGGAGAGGGGUAAAAGUGAAACCGAUACUCUCACACUGGUUUGGGGCCACAAGACAUUUUUGUCACUUGAUACAGGCUACAGCAUCAUUUUGUUGCUUAAUCUGUGACAGCACAACUCAAAUUUCCUAUGACUUCAUCAAAAAAAUGUGACUUUUCAAGCUUCAGGUAUGGAAAAAAACAUGGAGCAAGACCAGAACUGAAACGUUCCUAUUGCUUAGAGCACAAUCUCAUCUGAUAACUGGUCCUAGUCUGUCAGCAGAGGCCCAUACUAAAGUUCUGUKUGAAAAGCAGGUGAGGAACAGACCUUUCAGACCUUUUCCUUUCAAGCAAUUUCUUCCCAUAGUCUUCCUUGCUGAUCUUUCUGUACAAGCACCUCUAAGUUACCAACAUCCUGGUGGAAGACUUCCCWUUAAGCUUUACUUUCCUUAAUAGCUUUUCAUAUUUUAUUGAAUAUUUUAAACCUUUAAAGCCUAUAAAUMAUCUAAAUAAUCUAUUUCUGUGGUGUUUUCGCCACAUAAAAACUAUUCAGCACAACUACUUCAAUUUACUUCAGUUUUAGCCCGUUGAUGAAAAGCAUGUUAAGGACUGAAGCUGAUUCUUAUCAGUGUCCAACUCACACACAUUUAUAGUGCCUGUAUGCUGAAAUACAUGAUACUGGCUGCUUUGUUGGUUUUUGCCCCACCUUGAGAGAUUUUCUAUGAAUUUCUGUGCAUCUUGAGCAUUCAAGCUCACUUCUACACAGAAAUGCUUAAGAACAAAAUCUUUCCUUACAGCUGUCAAGCAAACAGACUCCCUCUUCCUCUGAGGAAAAUUAGGUUUCUUAAUGSACCACAUUAAAUCUCUCACGUAGAAUCUGUUAAAGAAAUGCUGUUAUGCAGRAGGAGUUCCAGCAGGGAGGAACUGGCUUAUCUGGUGUGAAUAGAGGCUUUCAGAACUGGGACACUGCCAGAACAGUGUGGCUGAGCAAGCAGCAUUAAGUGCAAUUUCAACUUCCCUGUUGCUUCCUUACUUCCAUYUCCUCCUUCUCUUAAGACACUGUAUUUUCUGUCUCUUAACAGAUUUGUUGCCUUUAUUUCUGUUCCUUUCUCUCCCUGUUAAAUUCCCAGUUUCAGAUCAUGGCUUUUGUAUCAUUUCUCUUUAUUGUUUUCACUUCUCUGCACAAUUUAUUKAACUUUCAUUUCUCUCCCAUCCCUGCUUGGUCCUACAAAACUGGUACUAUUCAGUACUCAUCUUUAUUUCAUCAGACUGACUCCUUUACAGUGGCCCAAAUUUUAUUCAACAUUAGACAUUAUAAACAAAUUUACGUAGUAAAAUGGAAGCUGCUACUUAAGAGAUGUAGAAAGACAGAUUUUUAUGUAUUUUACCCGUCGGAUAUGAAAUCUGAUUUUUUCCUAAUCUUUUUUACUGCAACAGAGCUACGGAUGUUUGUCUGUAUCCUUGAUAAACACUUAAUGUGAUGGCAAUCAUAGAUACAACAAUUGGGAUAAUUUAAUGAGUAAGACUGGUAUCCACCUCUUUUAAAAGUUAAUUUGCUGUAUUGCCUCAAAGAAACUUUGCUGUGGAUCUGCCUGGCUCCUGUUCUCUUAAGGAAAUUCUGAACUUAAUUGCAGCACCCUCACCUGGUACCUCUUAAAAGCAGUGUUCCAAAAAYAGAGAGUUUUGCAGUAUUUAUGUAAAGAACAGUAGAGGAGCAAGUGCAGUAAAAUGCUUAAGGAAAUACAAGGUAUCACAUAUUAGGAAGAACUUUUAAGGACAAAUCUUUAAUAUACAAAGUUCUCACGAAUGGGGCCUUUCCAUUUCAAAUACCUGAAGGUUUCUAGUGACUGUAAAUAGGGACUUAUCUAUUACACAUUUAAAUAGAUAUGAAUAAAAUACUGUAUAUAUGCAAGAUAUGAAUCAGCCUACUGAUGUAAAAAGGAUUUGCAAAGAGUUUAUUAAAUUAUUUCUAAAAGUGUAUCAUUUAAAUGUAAACCUCUGAACAGGAAGGUGUACUGUAUGCUUCUGUAUGUAUAUACUGUGUACUAGAAAGUAAGCACUAGUUAAGUGCCAUUAUUAACAGUGUUAUUUUCUCACAAAAUUAAACUUAAUAUUUGAGUUGAUCUAUGGCUUAUAGCCCUCUCRCUGAACUGCUAAUUAAGUCAAAUCAAUGAACUAACAAAAAUGUCAUGCUCUGCUUCUGUUUGAGUUAUUAACACAGCAAGCUCAAGACAGGUCCUUGUUGACCAACUUAGUAGAGGUCCUAGUUUCAAAAGUUUACAUUUCAGAAUCAAAUUUUGUUGGUCUCUGAAGAUGUAAUUUCUGUUAAUGAAAGAAAGUGAUCAGCCACCAGAAAAUUCCAGGUUCUAUAACAAUGAAGAGAUGUGGACUCYAAUAUCAUGUCCAAAUACUACAGAAAUGGACUUUCUGGAAAGCUUCAUAAAGGACGUAUUGACUCGUAAUAAAUUCUCAAUAAAAAUGUUCAAGUGUAUGUGGUCAAUAUGA